AUGCCGCUCCCGAAGAGGCUGGUGGAGCCUGUUCACGUUGCCCGCGGCACGAUCCCAGAAGCUUUUCCCUUGCCAUCGGAGCUGGAGGCCGCGACGAAUGGGACCCUAGCCAACACUAUUAGACAGCUGUCAAGUUUAUCGCGACACGCCGAGGACCUGUUCGGGGAGCUGGCACGUGAAGCUCAUACAUUAAGUGAUCGAGCCAACUCUCUGCAAGCAAGAAUAGACAGACUCGCGGUUAAAGUUACCCAGCUGGACAGCAAUGUUGAGGAAGUUUCACUUCAAGACAUUCAUAUGAGAAAGGCAUUCAAGAGCUCGGUUGUAUUCGAUCAGCAAGUCGUUUCACGUGAUACUAUGCCCACGGCGAUGCGUGAGACUUAUCAAGCAUGUGAUACUCCUCCACCAUUAGAUAAACUCAAUGUUUACAGAGAGGACGGUAAGGAUGGAUUGAAAUUUUAUACUGAUCCAAAUUACUUCUUUGACUUGUGGAGUCAAGAAAUGCUUAAAGACACUGAGAAGAAAUUACAUGAUAGAGGGAAGAAGCCUCAUAGACCUCGGAAUGACGGUGGUAAUUCUGGUGGAGGAGGAAGACACAAGAAACGUGUAAGACAACCGCAUAAUACACGAGAGAGACAACGACAGCUUGCAGUUGGACAUGGAGAGUACAUCAUGCCAACUCAGGGUGUGCAAUACAGGACACCUCAUAAUAUUCCAGACGAAUCGCUUCUGGGGAUGGUGAUGACCGAGCCACGACCUCCGAGACCAAAUAGUAUUGAGCUUAGGCGAAGUUAUCCUCCAGAUGAACAGCAUUUCUCGCACUAUGCGCCUGGACAAGGGCAACCUGGCAGCGAGGCUUACCAAAGUCCUGGACCGGGUACACCAAGUCGCGGUGGAAGAUCGCGACCAUCUCAGCCGCCGCCGGCGCCACCAAGCAACGCUUCGAGCAAUUCAACGCCCACAGUGGCGUCAGCUAAUAACACCCCGACUCGUGGAAGGUCUAUGAGCACAGGAAGAGAUACUUUGCCACCUCCACCGCCGCCUCCUGGUGAAGUAAUGUCGCCACCGCCUAUAAACGGCACGAUACCGGCGCACCUGCUUAAUAGGAACGGUAGCCGUUCGAACAGUCCAUUACCGAGCCAUCAAUCGACACCGACUCCACCGAAUCACACUCUACCUGCUGGGAUCGAUGAGCCGGAUCCUGCGCCUCAGGAUCUACCUCCGCCUCCACCUACUCCAGAUCCAGCGCCAUCAAGGCCGAUAUCGCCGCCUUGCAACAUUCCACCGCCACCUCCUCCACCACCACCACCUCCUGUGCUUAAUGGACCCAUAUCAUGCGUACCUAUUAGCAACGGUGAUAUUGCUAAGAUAAUUGCCAAUAAUCCACCGAAAUUAAAGCCACUGAAGAGCAUAUUACGUAAGGUAGAAAAAAUUGAGCAGAAAGAAGUGGAGCGUGUAAACGCUUUGAACGACGUCGCGUCAAUAUUAGCUCGACGAGUUGCCGUUGAAUUCAGCGACAGCGAAUCUGCAUCAGAAAGUGAGUGCGAGAGCGACGGAUGGGGUGAACAAGACUCAAGUAUCGCGUGA